AAUACUGUUUAUUUCACACCACUACAUCAAGUGCAUCAGUCUGCCGCGGCCCCAGCGGGCGCCCCCGUGUCCCCCCCAAAGCUCCCCUCCCAUCGCUCCCGGGGGGCUCAGGGCAGGGGGAGCUGGGGAAGGGGCGCUGCCUCUGCUUUGGGGUUCACGACCCCCAAACCCGGGGGUGAUGUCCCCAAAAGCCACCCACGGGACGUCCCCAAGGUGGGGGAUCACCCCCAGAAGCCCCUCACGAGGUGGGGAACCCGCAAAGUGGGGGGGACACAAAUUCGGGGUCACCCCUGGUGAGCCGUAACAUCGCCUCAGUAACACGGGAAAAAAGGGCAAACCCCAGGAAAAUGGAAAUCGCUGAUUUUGGGUGGGUGUGUGACACUCGGGGGGGGUCUGUCACCAGGGGUGUCACAGGUAGGGAGGUGUGACAUCGACACGCUCGGGCCGUGUGUGAGGGGGGAACGGGGGCACACACAGGCACGGGUGGGCACAGGCACGGGGGCACAGGGACAAAAUCCGUGGCCAAAGGGACAAACCCAGUGGCCAAAGUGCUGAUGGCUGCAGGUCAAGGGGCUGGGACUGGUGGGGCACACGGGGGGGUCCCAGUGCUCCCAGUUCAGUGCGCUGAGGGCACAGUGGGGUGGGCACAGGGCCGCAGGGACACAGGGGUGGCCAAAGGGACAAAACCAGUGGCCAAAGGGACAAAAUCACUGGCUGAAGUGCUGAUGGCAGGUGGUCAGGGGGACUGUGACCGGGAACUGGGAUGUUCCCAGUGCUCCCAGUCCAGAACACGUGGAAGACGUUGAGUGUUGGACACAGGUACAGGUGAGCUGGACACGGGUACAGGUGUGCUGGAUACAGGUACAGGUGUGCUGGACACAGGUACAGGUGUGCUGGACACGGGUAUGGGCAUGGUGAACACAUGUACAGGUGUGCUGGACACAGGUACAGGUGUGCUGGACACGGGUAUGGGCAUGGUGAACACAUGUACAGGUGUGCUGGACACAGGUACAGGUGUGCUGGACACGGGUAUGGGCAUGGUGAACACAUGUACAGGUGUGCUGGACACAGGUACAAGUGUGCUGGACACAUGUACAGGUGUGCUGGACACGGGUAUGGGCAUGGUGGACACAGGUACAGCUGUGAUGGACACAGGUACAGGUGUGAUGGACACAGGUACAGCUGUGAUGGACACAGGUGUGAUGGACACAGGUACAGGUGUGAUGGACACAGUACAGCUGUGCUGGACACGGGUACAGGUGUGCUGGACACAGGAUGGACACAGGCAUGGGCAUGGUGGACACAGUACAGCUGUGCUGGACAGGUACAGGUGUGGAGACGGACGCAGGCGGCAGAGGGCCGGGUGUGGCGGUGCAGCCGGCGGCGCAGGGCCAGGGGCAGUGCCCGAAGUGCUGACGGCAGGAGGCCGGGCCCGGGCGCUCCCAGCUCGCAGCGGCCGCGGGCCGGGCUGCGGGCCGGGCCGGGCGCUGCUCAGGGCACGUGGAACACGUUCAGCUUGCUGGUGUUCUUGAGGGUCUGGCGGCGGUUGCAGAACCACACCCGCACCACCUCGCGCUCGUAGCGCAGCUCCUGCGCGAUGCGCGUGA